AGUCUUAUCUUUUGAAAGAGAAACUCGAAGACUAGAGACGUUGUCAUGGAUGAAUCACAACAACAAUAGGAGUGUGAAGUUUGAGGAUCUUUGACACAUCAUUGCAGACUGGGAUCAGCACUUUCACCACUGAGGGAAAAGUUCAUCAUUCGCAGAUGCAGCUUCAUCAAACUUAAUGUAUGACCAUGGAUCAUGAAGAGGUGCGGACAGAGUUGGACCAGAUUGCUAUGCGGCUUCAGGAGGAUGGCUUGCCCCCGGGGGCGAGUGUGGAGGAGCAGCGGCGCCACCUGUGGCAGCAGCUGCUUGCCAGGGAGGCAAAUCUCCAGUCAGCCGCCCAGGAGCUGCAGACCUUACGUACCCAGCAGGCCAGUGAAAUGAAGGAGGUGGAGAGCUAUGUUGAACAUAUUCGUGGGCUGCUAAAAGAGCGCGAGUGUUACGACUAUGAGAGAGACAAUGAACAAUUGCGACAAGAGAUUCACCAGAUCAGACAACAACAAGAGAGUCAGAGAAAGGAGCUGGCGGAGAUGUUGGCUCAGGAGGACCUCAAUGAGAUGGGCUUGAGCAGCCCCAGUGAGCAGGUGGCUUACUUGCUGGUGGAGAGGGCCACACUACUGGAAAGGCUGGAGACUGCUGAGAGGAGACUGGAAAGUCAGAGCCUCAGCGGAAACUUUAGGGAAAUCCACCAACAGGAGCAUAUUCGCCAUACGAUGGGGGAGGAGUUAAGGCAUCAGAGGGAGGAUAUACAGGAAGCCAUAGAUAACAUGACGAAGCAGUGUUCGUCCCAGAGUCCGUGGAAGAAGCUGUUUGGUCUGCGCCGGUCUGGUCAAAGCAAACACAAUAUUACCCCUGCCCACAGCGAGCAGAUUUCCCAGGAGCGAAAUGAGCGCCAGCGGCUGGAGCGGGACCUUGAAGAGGCGUCGAGGAGGUUGGCAAUGGCUCAUCAGGAUAUCCGCAGACUCACCAAUGAGCUGGAUGCUGCCAAAAACAACAACCAAGACCCAAGUGGAUCUGAGCUUCAGGGAACGGUCCAAGAAGUAGAGAACCUGAGGAAGGAAGUGGACAAACUGAAACACUGUGGUGAGACAGACUUGGAUAUGAUGAAGCUGCAGCGAGCCAAAGAGCAAAAUGACCGACUAGAUGUUGAGAACAGAGCUCUGAGGGAGAGAGUCCGCACUUUAGAGUCUGAGAAGAAAAAUCUCCGGGACCAGUUGCCAAUAAAUGAUGCAGACCAAGAUGUUGUAACCAAAGAGGAUCGAAAGAACAAGAGCAUUAGCAGUGAAUCACAAAACAGUCCGUCUGGCUCGUCGACCCAAGAGAAGGAUUACAUUCACAAACGGUGUCAUGAGGCGAUGGAAGACGGGCUUGUGCAAGUGAGGGAGCUGCAACGGCAACUCCAGAGGCUACGCAAGGAGCAGGAAGAGCUGGAGGAGAGGAAUGAGGAGCUGGAGGCGCUGCUAGGGGAGGCCCAGAACGCCAGCAAGGGGGAGAGGCAUCGCCACGACGGAGAACUGGAGGGACUCCACAGGAGGAUCAAAGUCCUGGAGGCAGAGCUGAAGAAGCAGGAUGUCGAUGAAAAAAUGAUGAAGAAUGGAGAAGAGAUCAAAACCACUGACUCCUACUUACAGCUGCACCUGAGGGACAGCAGCCAGGAGAGAUUGGCUCUACUCGAGGCCCGUCUGACUGAGGAGAAGGACUGGAGGAAACAGCUGGAGGUUGACCUCAGCGCUGCCCAGGCCGCCCUCAAAAAAGAUAAGGAGGCGUUGCAGAUAGGUGAACGAGAGCUGAAGAAGCUGAGACUUGAGGUCAACAGCCUUCAGACAGAAUGCCAACAAGGGAAAACACUCAUCAAGAGCCUCACGCAAGUCAAGGGAGAAAAAGCAGUUCUGGAGGAAAAGGUGUCCCAGAUGGAGCGCGCCCACAGCCGGCUCCAGAGCGAGCUGGAACGCUUCAAGGACAGUAACCGGACCCAGGAGGACAAGAGGGAACACAGGCUUCAGGUUGACCAGCUGCAGGAGCAGGCUGACCGGCUAACUGCUGAACUCACCAGCCUCCAGACAGCACACAGCGCUUUGAGGGAUGAGAUGGUUUCUGAGCGGCUGCAGACUGCUGAGCUCCAGGCCAGGCUGAGCUCAAGUGUCAUGGAGAAGCUGACGGCUGAGGGGGAAAGAGAGAGACUGGGGCUCGAGAUACAGCGUCUCAAAGAGCAACUCAAGUGGCAUCAAGAGCAGCUCUCCUCAACAAAGGAAGCACUUAUUAGCAGCCAGAGACCUGAACUACACACAGCUCAUGUAGAAUCCAGACUUAGUCCAGUGGAGCGGACCGAGGAGGAGCGCUUGGAUGAGGUUUCCGAUGUGAGGCAGGAGCUGAAUCAUCUGCAGACCAGGCUGGGGGUGGAGCGGCAGCAGGCCUCUCAGCACCAACUGGGCCUGCAGGCUCAGGUCACUGAAGCCCAGGCACACAUCAAGUCCCAGGACUCAGUGCUGAGCCAGAAGGUGGAGGAGGCUAAGCAGAUGAAGCAGGACCUGCAGAGGGCCCAGAGCCUGUUCACCUCAGCAGAGAGAGAGCUGCGCUACGAGAAGGAGAAAAGCAUGGACCUGAAGAGACACAACACCCUGCUGGACCAGGAAAAACUCAAGCUUUGUGCAGAGCUGAAGCAGGUCCAGACCAAGCUGGUCCAGGUGGAGCAGAGCGUCCUCACUCAGGCUUCUGCGUGUGAACGUCAGCAGCAGAAAGUCAGGGAGCUGGAGUUGGACCUGGCACGCAACUCCACAAACCGCAGCACCACCACCAGUCUGCAGGAGGACCUGCAGGCCGAGAGGGCGCGACUCAUUGCUGGCGACAAGAAGGUGUUGGAGCUGCAGCAGCAGCUAAAGAGUGCCCAGCACCAGCUGCGCAUGGAGGAAGCUCGGGCCGGCGAGAGCAGCCGCCUGGAGAGGGACAGCAGGGAUUUGUCUGACACCUUGUCAGCACUGAGAGCCCAGCAGCAGGAGGAGCACAUCACCAGGAAGCUGUUAGAGCAGCGUGAGGAGGAGCUGCAGCAGCAGGUGCGCUCCCUGAGGCUGAAGGACGACUCCACGACGAGGACAAAUGCAGAGCUCAGCCACCGUGUCCAGCAGCUGGACACCCGUCUGGCCAUCCUGGAGGCUGAGCUUGGCAAGGCCAGAGAGGAGGUGAGAGACGGCCAGAAGUCGAGCCACAGGUUGCAGGAGGACUUGAUGGCCUGUCAGCAGGAGUGUGACAGACUGCAGAUCGAGCUGCAGCAAGUUCUCCUCCAACUGGACACACACGUCAGGAAGUACGACGAAAAGCAGAGUCGUCACAAGACCAAGAUGCGUCAGGCCAAGCAGCUCUUCGUCAAGGAGACCGCACAGAGGGACCGCAUCAUCGAGAAACUGGAGAACGACUUGGGGCUGGCCUCCAGCCUCUCACACAAGGAGAAGGCAACGAUCCAGACAGUGAUGGAGGCAAAUGAGAAGCUUCUGGAGGAGAAGAGGGAACUGUUGCGGACGGUAAGCGAGGCCGAGGAAAUGGGCAGCAACGGCAUGAGGACCGCCUCCACCGCCCAACACAGGGUCAACAUCUUAGAGGUGGAAAACAGACAACUUCAGGAUCGAACCCUGAAGCUCUCCAGCAAAGUCAGUUGCUUAGAGCGUGCCCUGAGGAACACCCAGUCGUUCUACGGCUUGGAGAAUACCAAGAAAGCAUACCCCUCUGAAAGUCUCCGUGAUAGCUUCCUGCACACAUCUACGCUAAGCCUGACGUCAGGUUCCUGUGACCGUCUGGACAUCCUGGACACGAUCUGCCGUAUGACGGUGGCCGAGCGCUCGGCGGUGGACUGCUCUCGGGGGUCUGUCUCCCCACACCAACAACCACCGGAGCAGGGCUACCUGAAUCUCACCUCCCAGUUGGUUUCUCCAGACAUCAAAGGCACAGAGCAAAACCCUAAAAACAGUGACCAUGUAUGAGAGGUGGGAGGUGUUGGCGUGGGCUGCCCGUGUUUGCAACGGCGAGCUACCCGCGAGGUUAAGUCAGCGUAUCGGGUGGUACUACAGCAUCCCGCCACUUCCACUGGAGACAGUCAGAAUAAAAGAGUGAAAAGCAGA